AUGAAGGCCAUACUCACAAGCAAUGUAAGCCUUGAAGAAGGAGCAAUGAUGAUUACAAAGGAGUGUAGUGCCAUACUUCAGAAUCGCAUGCCAGAGAAGCUGAACGACCCAGGGAGUUUUGUUUUGUCUUGCAAGAUCGGUUCUACACACUUCCAUAGAGCACUUUGUGAUUUGGGUUCUAGUGUGAACUUAAUGCCUUACUCAGUGGCCAAGCUAUUGGGCAUCACUGACUUCAAACCUACAAAGAUAUCUCUAGUCUUUGCAGACAGAUCUGUUCGCCGCCCUGUUGGUGUUAUUAUGGAUGUUCCAAUCAUGGUUGGAGAUUGCUACAUCCCUGCUGAUUUUGUAGUUCUUGAGCUGGAACACCAACCUAAAGACCCUCUUAUCUUGGGAAGGCCAUUCCUAGCUACUGCAGGAGCUAUAAUAGAUGUCAAGAAUGGAAAGAUUGACUUGCAUCUUGGAGAUAUAGUGAUGAAUUUCGAGGUAAACAAGUCUAUGGAGAAACCAACUGUAGAUGGUCAAGCUUUUUGGAUUGGAGAGCUCGCAGAGACAAGAGAAGAAGUGCUGGAUGAACUCCUUCUUAUUGAUCCCUUGGAGCUAGCUUUGACAAAGGCUGAGAAUGAGUAUGGAUACAUGGAAAGAGAAGCUCAAUGCUUAGUCAAGUUCAUGGAUUCAAGGAAGCUUAUAAAAGCUGAUAGCUUAUAUGGACUUAGAGAGAGAAGAGGAAGAGCCAGACAUUGA